ACACGUAGAGCCAGCCCGGGUAGAGGAGGGCCAGGAACGGGAGCACGGUGCCGUGCAGCAGCCGGGGCCUCCGCCGGUACAGCGUCACCGAGCGGACCAGCUCGUCGCCGGUGCCGCUGUCAUGCUGCUGGUUCACCGAAGGGGCCAUUUGCAGCUCGCCCGGUCCCCGGAUCCCGUCCGCGGCCAUUCUCGCCUCUUUCUCGGCGUCGUUCACGGCAGGCUGCUAUGGAGAUCACGGCAAAGUACUGCCACAAAGAAAUGGAGGAAUAUGGUUCAUGUGUGGCCUCCAACCCAUCAACAUGGCAGCAGAACUGUCAUGAGCUGAAGAUGAAGGUGGCUCAGUGCACAUCAUCACACCCGGUGAUCCAGAAGAUCAGACAGGACUGUUCCCAGCAGUUUGUGGAGUUCGAGCGCUGCCUGAAAGAAAACCAGAACCAACCUGCCUCCUGCUCAGCGCACGUGGCUCGCUUCCUGGGCUGUGCGGAGACGGUGGAUAUCAGUGGAGUGGAUGCAAAUCCUCCAGCUCAGCCAUCGUAGCACGGAGACGCCAGCGUUCCUCCACCUUCAGAUCACACCUGUGAUGGUGUCGCUCCACACGUCCACAGGCUCAGUUACUGUAUGUACAGUGCGGUUUGGACAUCUGUUUUCCUCUGUGUGCAUUUGUGCUCAACAAUAACAAACAGAGGAUUGUGAAAAGCACUGUGACCUUAAUAUAUAUAUAUAUAUACAUUUUAAUUACUGUGUCCCUUUAUCAUGUGAAUGUUAAUGUCAAAAUAACAUUUAUACUUGAGUGUAAGUGGAACGUCUGGUUUGUACUGGAUUUAUUGACCAAUUUCAUUAAAAAUCCGACUUCUAUUA